UUUCACUUCCAUGUCGCUCCCCCAUUUGCUUGCUCAGGGAAGGUGAAUGGCAGUGUCUACGCCUGCCACGUGCCCUCCUGACUAUGUCGCGCGCUGUCGACCGUCCUCCAGAUCUUCACGAGUACCAUCCCGCUAUUCUGCCAUCCCCUUGCGCGCCCGCGACACCUGAAUUCACACGGAAGCGAGCGCCAGCAUCGAUGAUAUGACGGGCCCGUCACGAGGGCUGCCGGACCCUCUGCAUGAAUCCCGCGGCGCGUCAUCCGCUGCCUCGACGGCGACGUUGGCGGAAGGAACCCCGCGCAGGCGACGGCGACGUCAGUCAGGAGCUCUCGAGCGCCAUCUGAGCAACGUGAUAGACGUGGAGGAAGCUAGCAGGCUAGUGGAAUGCUCGCAAAUACAGAGACAGCUACGAUUCCAGCAGCUUGUCCGGCGCUAUAUCUCCCAGAUCCUGUACGGCUGCAGCAACCCCUAUUGCACGACGCCGACAUGUCUGAGUUGCAAGAAGCGUCUCACCUCGAAACCAUUCCGGGCUCCAACCCAGCUCACCGCGCGUGCCCUCGCCCACUUCCUUGCCAGUCAGGAUGACCCGCAUACUGGCCUUUGCCCUAAUCAGCUGAAGGUGUCGCCCAGUGCUUUAGAAAUCGAAGGUGCAGGAGGGGUUGAGAUCCUCAAAGGGGAAGGUGGCAAGGGGAGCACUUGCAAUGUCUAUCCUGCACCUCGACCACCUCUCGCAGCCUCAGCAGGGAUAUCGACAUGCCCCGGGAGUAGCACUUCUACGGCAAAGCGCGACGGACACGAUAAAAGCAGUGGCAAAGGCGAAGUCGAUAAAAUAUGGACUACCCUGGGCGAUCGGCAUCAGGCGAAGAAAGAUGUCAGGUCGUUGGGCCAGAAUCUCUUCGACACGGCCACAGUUGUGUACUCGUACUCCAAGCAAAUCCCCAGUGCUCUUUCUGUAUUCAACUCUCUACGCUCUCUCCGCACCCCACGCCAAAAGGUGUCAGUUACAGAGCAACAUCAUGACUCAGGCAUGACCGUUGUCAAACAACGCCAUGUGGACUCUUCGAGUGCUGAAGCUACGGGACAUGCUAAUGGACACACUGUACAACCGCGUGUGAGUGGGUGCCCCGCGCCGACAGCAGUUGCUCCACCCCAUUCACUGCGGAGCCAGAGAUCACAUCCAAAGACGAGCUCCGCUCACAUAAUGCCAGAAAUUCUGAGCAACGGUCAUCGAAUACACAGAAUUCGACAUCAUUUACCGGAUUCCCUGAGCAACGGACAAGCUCCUCUCAAGAUCCAGGAUACUGCACCAUUUGACGGCACGCAAGAGCGCCCUCCAUCAUACAAUUCUAAAAUGAAAAGAAAGCCACUUUCGCUGGAUCUAAAUUACACGCCCAAAGCUGACCCACCCAUCAUCUCUUUAUUAACUGCGAACCAAGACGAUCGCAAUGAAAAAGCCAGCGAACCCAUGGGGCUAAUUCUGCCUGUAGCCUCGCACCUCGAUUGCCAGAUUAUGGACCAGCUAAAAGACGAAGUCUAUCAUCAUCGCAAUCAACAAUCCUCCGACUUUACAUUUGUCGUUGACUACGAUACAAAUGCAAGAUUCCGUCCUGCGAAACCUUUCGUCAAUAGGUCACUUUUCUUUACUUUCAGUGAUCCAGAAACUCUCCUAAAGUCUUUCUGUGACUCUGAUAAUAAUGCGUACAAACACUCACCAUUACCACAUCUCAACUCAACUCGUCUCACCCACACUUUUCGCGAUUGGAAUCGCCGGAAUGGUGCACUACUCUUCGACAGCCUCUGGAUUGCCCUAAAUGCCUUAUUUGUGCCACCCCCGGAGUUGGACGUUCAGAAAAGCCCUCGUCUCAGAGCUGCAGGGAGGUCGCCCUCUUUGAACGGAUCUGCUUCGUAUUCUUCUACACCUUCAAACUCGGAAGCACCGUCGGGCCGCUAUCUCAGUGACAAGGAGGCUGCUCACAUCGUUAUGAUAUGUAUCCACGCCCUGACCUCACUGGUACCUGUUGGGUGGCCCCAUUCUUGGGUACAGGUCCGCAAGUUUCGGUCCUGGGGUAUUAUUCUCCCAGAUGCGCCUCCUCACACUGAUUUCACGGAUGGUUUCUCACACCCGUUGUUGAAUACUAUCGAUGAGCUGGAGUACGAACCUGCGCUCCGUCUCGCGGGCAGACUCGUUCGAGGCAUUGGCGCACGGGCAUGUUUUGAAGAUAUUCUUGUUAGUCUGGGCCAUCGAGAGGAUGAUGACGGAUGGGGUCCUAUGCAAAGAGGUCGUUCUGAAUUAAUGCGCAUUCUAGUCAGACACCUUGAGGAAGUUGAGCACCUCGCAGUUGCCAACAAAAUGAAAAUGAAAACGAAGCUCAAUUAUGACGAAGAUCCUGGCUGGACAGUUACGGCAACGUUCAUUGAAUGGCUGAGAACGAUAAUUAUCAAGAAAUGGAAUGGCAAAGCCGAAGUCAAUCGGUGGGGCAACGUCGGAGCUGCGAUCAGGAUCCUCUUCGAUUUUUAUGACAAUCGCGAGUCGCUGAACCUACGGACAAACAUGUUUCAUAUACCUUACCUCAAUGAGCAUCUCGACUUGGUCAAAGAACCGAUGAAAUUUCUCUCGCGGGGUCCCACGAUAAACUCCUUCCAUCUACUCCAGUGUCCCUUUCUCUUCACCCCCCGAGACCUUGUGGCUCAUUUCCGAACGAUCAAUUUCACACGCAUGUACAAGCAGUUCGAGGAGACGGAGCGCGCCAUGCAUCUUCAAAGGGAGUUGGAUCCAUUCCUACGGGAACCAUACUGGUGGUUGAUAAGGUCACGUUUGAAGGUGACAUUUACCGACUAUCUUGUGCUCGAUGUCAGAAGAGAACAUGCACUUGAAGACACCCUCAACCAGCUAUGGGGUCAGGAGAAGCGCCUUCUUAUGAAACCGCUCAAAGUCAAGAUGGGACAACAAGAGGGUGAGGUUGGCCUAGACCAAGGCGGGGUGACUUAUGAGUUCUUUCGGGUCGUUUUGAGCGAGGCAUUCAACCCCGACAAAGGCAUGUUCACAAUAGAUCCUCAAACUCGAAUGACGUGGUUCCACCCUGCCACUGUCGAGCCUCCCAGGAAGUUUGAAUUGUUAGGAGUUCUCUUCUCGCUUGCCAUAUACAAUGGCAUCACCCUGCCUGUCACCUUCCCCCUUGCUUUCUACAAAUAUCUCCUUGGUAUCAUUCCAACCACCGUCAAUGAUAUUCGCGAUGGUUGGCCCGCACUUGCGAAAUCUUUCGAUCAAUUGCUUUCCUGGGAGGACGGCGACGUUGCAGACGUGUUCCUGCGGAGCUACACUUUUAGUUACGAGUCGUUUGGCACAAACAUUGACGUGGACAUGCAAGAGUUUGAACGAGUCGGCCCCGAAAAGAACGUAGGCUGGCUAAAUAAUCCCUCACAACAACAUAUGACAAAAGUUGUGGGGAGCGAUAACCAGCACGACCCGGAAAAGGAGGCAUCAAUGGUGACGAACUCGAAUCGGGAGCAGUUUGUAAAAGACUAUAUUUUAUGGCUCACUUUAAAAUCCGUAGAGGUCCAGCUGCGGGCCUUCAGAAAAGGCUUUCUUUCCUGCAUACACGGUACCUCGCUAGACCUCUUCGAACCUGGUUCACUUCAAGCACUCAUUGAAGGCUCGCAAGAAGUCUCUGUCUCCGCCCUUAAAGCUGCGACACACUAUGAAGAAGGCUACCAUGCAGCUCAUCCCAUUAUUCUCGACUUCUGGUCCAUUGUCCAGAAAUACGACAAUGAUGAUCGAAAGAAGUUGCUUGAAUUCGUCACUGCAACCGACAGGGUUCCGGUAACGGGAUUCGAAACGAUGAACUUCUGUAUUGUGAGGAAUGGAGGUGAUAGUGAGAUGUUACCGACGAGUAGCACGUGUUUUGGGAAACUUAUGCUGCCGGAGUAUAAGGGGAAGGAGAAACUGGAGGAAAAGUUGGCCCUUGCGAUUCAGAAUUGUAAGGGUUUUGGAGUGGUGUGAGAUGCGUAAGGAUUCAUGAUCCUUGAGAGUUAUCAUUGUUGAUGAUAUGAGGUACUCUUCGAUGAGAGAAAAGGUGAUGUAAUGGCUGUUUGGGUUUGGGAUACUGCUUUUGAUAUGAUAUUCUCUCUGAGAGCUCUGGCAUAGCUUAUGAGAAGCAGGUGUAAUGCUUUUUUAGCAUCUUAAUGGCGUAUUAGAAUUUUUGGGGCCUCGGAUUUCUUUU